GCAGCGGUAUCUUUGAGAUGAAGGAACGUAAACAAAAAAUAUCACCCAAAGAUGACUUCUUUUGGCAUUGAUGUAGACUCUGAAGAAUUAUGUAUGAUAGACUCAGGACUUCAAAGUUUAAGCGACGUUCCCAUAAGGCAAUAUAAUAACCUGAAGGUGCUGAAUCUUCAUUGCAACUUUCUUAGAAGGAUCGAGAACCUGCAGCUGAGGAGCUUACUCCAUCUGGACCUGUCGUCCAAUCAGAUUGAAAGAAUUGAAGGACUCGACAGCUUAUCAAACCUCAGAACGCUGAAUUUAGCUUGUAAUCAAAUCACCACUGUGCAGGGAUUAGAUGGUCUAAGGGCGUUGGUGAAGCUUAAUCUUUCCUACAAUCACAUCACAGAUAUAUCAGGUUUUCACAGACUCCAGGGGAGAGACUACAAGCUUUCUCAUGUGGAACUACAAGGGAACCGUAUACAGUCAGUACAGCAUGUGAUAGCCAGUCUGCGAGGUUGCCUGAACCUGAGGAGAUUCACCCUGGCACAAGAUGGAAGUGAUAACCCAGUGUGUUCUUGGAGCAGCAUCAUGAGUGCAGUUCCACAGUUACAGAUACUGGAUGGAGUCAACAGAGAUGGCACCCCAGUGCAGGCAGCUGAUAUACUGGCAGACAUUCCUGGACUGGAUCAAUACAUGGAGUUUUUGUUGCCAUCAAGCAGCAAUUCUGUAAGUGACAUGGAUCCUGUUGCACUGGCUACUCCACACAUUGAUGAAGCUCUGGAGAAGUUCAAAGAGAGGGCAGUCAUGUCCACCUCUGAGGUCAGUACCAGCAGCACCACCACUGACCAGGAGACUGCACAGAGAGAGGGGCAGCGGGACAGACUAACCAGUGGAAACAAGAGUCCCAUAGGGUCUCGGCUGUCCAUUGAUCAUGAGCUGAGACUGGAGAAGUUAGAACACCAGCUAGCACAGGUGUUAUAUGGAGGAAAGUCAACUAGGUCACCAAAGGUCACUUCACCAAGGGCACCCAAGGUCAGUCCAUUAAGGUCAAGGUCACCUCAAGGUGGAAGUAAGACAGCUAGAUUGGUCGCCAAGAGAGAUGUUGACCAAACUGACGAGAGCGACAGUGAGGGCCCCAAGGCUGCAGGCAAGUCUCGCAGGUCAAGGAAGACGAAGAUUCCAAGUUAUCAGCGGGCCACGGUGGCCAGCAGGGAGAGGGAGAGAAAAGCACAGUCAUCAGGGGUCUCCUCUAGUCCUAGUGGUGAGGACCUCACCCAGCCAGCCCCAGGGUCUCCAGUAUCAGGCCCCAGGGUUCUCAGCCAGGGAGAGGGACCCACCGCUUACGCUGCUGACAGGCAGCUCAAGUCAGAGAUAGAGGCUACAUACGUGCAAUUAAUGCAGGAACUGGAAGGUGAAAGAGAGAGAAGAUGGAAGGCAGAGCAAGCCACCAAGAAACUUGUUGAUCAUAUUCAGAGCAUGAGAACAAAAGCCAAAGAAGAUCACGAUCUCCAAGAUGUCGCCAUCCAAGCAACCACCAGGUUAAAACAAGCCUUGACCAAUGAGAGAGAAGCCAAGCUGCGCCUUAAAGAAGAAGUGGACAGUUUAAAGCACCAAGUGAAAGUGAUGACAGAGAAGCUGGAGGCUGCAGAAGAAGGGGAGAAUAGACAACACCAGGCAUUGAAAGCCAUGGAACAAACUACGGCCAGGGCUGAGACUGAACACAUACAGCAGCAAGCACAUGAGGUUAAGAAAACCCAGGAAGCUCUGGCCAGAGCAGCAGCAGCCAGUCGUGAGGUGGAUCUCUUGAAGAACUCUGUAAAAACUCUGAAAUCUCAAGUCCAUUCCUUGCAGGAGUUGGUGGCCAAUAGGGAGCAGGAACAUAGGAAAGUGUUGGAAGGUAAAUUUGAUCUAAACAGCAAGGAGAUGCAGGAUGCAAUUGCCAGGGAAGUUUCUACAAUAAGAGAGCAGCAUUCCAGCCAAUUACAAAUACAACAAGAAAAGAUGGACACACUGAUGAAGCAGUACACAGAGCUGGAGGAUGAGUUCAGAAUGGCUUUGCAGAUUGAAUCAGACAGAUUCAGAGAGCUUCAGGCAGCCUUUCAAAAGAAUAGCCGUGAGGCAGCAGAGAACACACAGGCUUUGUUGGUUGCUCAGAAGAAGGACGAGACACAGACACAAAUGAUAGCAGAUCUUACUGCGUUGGUAAAGGAACAAAAAGGAAGACUGACUGAACUUUCAAAAUCCAGACAGGAGCAGUUACGGGAGCUCAGGGAGAGAAACCUUACUCUUGAGGGCCAAGUAGAAGAUGCCAGAAAGAAAAUGGUUCAACUCGAGCUACUGAAACAGGAAAGAACCAAAAUGCAAUCCCAGAUCCAGGCGCAGGAGUCAGUUAUAGAGGGACUGAAAGCAGAACGCAAGCUUUGGGGUCAGGAACUUGCUCAACAGGGGUCAGCAUUGGCGCAGGACAGGGGGCGGCUGGAGGCCAAGAUAGAGGCACUCACCUCAGAAGUCAACUCUCUGAAGAAACAGUUAGAUAGAGAAGUUGAUGCCCUGAAGAUAAAAUCCAAGAUGCUGGACGACCAGACAGAAACAAUACGAAAGUUGAAGGAUGCUCUGGUGGAGCGGGAUGAAGAAAUCAAGCGAGCCAGAGACGAAGGACUUAAAAUACAGAAAGAUCUGGAGUCUCAGCUGACGUCUGAGACUUCAGUGAAUCAGGAUUUGCAGGAGAAGGUAGAUAAGCUGACAGAGAGGAAAGAAGAACUAAAACAGCAGGUGGCUGACUUGACAGAUGAAUUAGAAGAAUCCAAAAAAGCUCACAGUAUUCUAAAUAAACGUUGGAAGGAAAAGUCUGAAGUGAUUGGUCAGCUGGAAAAACAAGUUCGGCAGAUGAAAGAUGUUUGGGAGAGCAAUGAGAAGAAACUAACUGAAGAGAGGGAUAAAGCUAUUCAGGGAGCAAGGUAA